CUUCCCCGCCAUGGCUCCGCGCUGCUGGAGACACUGGCCGGCGUGGCUUCGCACCCGACCGCCUCUCGCCAGGAACCUCCUGAGCUCUCGGCGGCCGUUCUCCACACAAGAGCGGAUCCCCCAGAUCUGUGUGGUGGGCAGUGGCCCUGCUGGCUUCUAUACAGCGCAGCAUCUGCUCAAGCACCACCCCCGGCUGCACGUGGACAUCUUCGAGAAGCACCUGGUACCCUUCGGCCUAGUGCGCUUUGGCGUGGCGCCCGACCACCCCGAGGUGAAGAAUGUCAUCCAUACCUUCACCGAGACUGCCCGCUCUGACCGCUGUGCCUUCUGGGGCAAUGUGAUGGUGGGCAGGGACGUGACUGUGCCGGAGCUGCAAGGGGCCUACCAUGCUGUGGUGCUGAGCUACGGGGCCGAGGACCACCAGCCCCUGGGGAUCCCUGGGGAGGAGCUGCCUGGCGUGUUGUCAGCGCGGGCCUUUGUAGGCUGGUACAAUGGGCUUCCUGAGAACCGUGAGCUGGCACCGGACCUGAGCUGCGACACAGCUGUGAUUCUAGGGCAAGGGAACGUGGCCCUGGAUGUGGCCAGGGUUCUGCUGACCUAUCCUCAGUACCUGGAGCAAACAGACAUCACAGAGGCCUCCCUGGGGGCACUGCGGCAGAGCCAGGUGAAGAUGGUGUGGAUAGUUGGCCGGCGUGGACCACUGCAAGUGGCCUUCACCAUUAAGGAGCUGCGGGAAAUGGUUCAUUUACCCGGAAGCCGGCCUAUUUUGGAACCUGCGGAUUUCUUGGGCCUCCAGGACAGAAUCAAGGAUGCCCCCCGGCCGAGGCGGCGGCUGACGGAACUGCUGCUCCGAACGGCCACUGAGAUGCCAGGCCUGGAGGAGGCAGCCCACUGGGCAUCCGCCCCCCGUGCCUGGGGGCUCCGCUUUUUCCGAAGUCCCCAGCAGGUGCUGCCCUCACCAGAUGGGCAGCGGACAGCGGGCAUCCGGUUGGCAGUCACCAAACUGGAGGGUGUUGGCGAAGCUGCCCGGGCAGUGCCCACGGGAGACGUGGAGGACCUGCCCUGUGGGUUGGUGGUGAGCAGCGUGGGGUACAAGAGCCGCCCCAUCGACCCCAGCAUACCCUUUGACCCCAGACGCGGAAUCAUCCCCAAUAAGGAGGGCCGGGUUGUGGGUGUGCCAGGCCUCUACUGCAGCGGCUGGGUGAAGCGGGGACCCACAGGUGUCAUCGGCACGACCAUGAACGACAGUUUCCUCACUGGUCAGGCGCUGAUACAGGACCUUCAGGGGGGGCUGCUGCCCUCGGGACCCCGGCCUGGCUACACCACCAUUGAAGCUCUGCUUGGCAGCCGAGGGGUCCAGCCCGUCUCCUUCUCCGACUGGGAGAAGCUGGAUGCCGAGGAGGUAUCGCGGGGCCAGCACGCAGGGAAGCCCCGGGAGAAGCUGACAGACCCUCAGGAGAUGCUGCGGCUGCUGGGGCGCUGAGCCCAGCCCUAGGCCCCUUGGGGGAGGGGCCCAGGGCACCGGAGCAGGGUGGCGCCUGACACAGGGGUCCCUUGUUCGUCCAGAGGCCUCAACUCUUCCUCCAGUGAGGUUGACCUUCCCCAGUGGGCUUAGCUCUCUAUACGAGGCCACUCGCGUGUGGAAUGGGCAGGCUGACCUUACUUCCUCCCGCCUCUCCUGCUGGACUGUAGGGGGUCACUGAGGCUAAAUCAAGUUUAGAAAAUAAACUUCCGCCAGCAGGG